AUGACUGGACCGGUUAUAGGACCCCGUGUGGUGAUCAUUCCUGUUGGUGUUCUUAUGCAGGCUGCACCGGAACGACCCCGGGUGGGUCGUCGGCGAGCACAGGCACGUCCUCUUCUGAUUAGAUGGCACUGUUGCAAGAAACAAAGACGUCUCUUUGUCCCGAUCGCUUGCAGAGCCUCACAGGUGCCCCUCCUCCAUCAUCGCUUCCACCUCCACUAUAACAUUUUACGUCUCCUACCACCGUCUCCCUCUCCGCCUUCCAAUCCUCCGGCCACUCCCUCCAUCCUUCUCCACUCCCGCCACCCUUUCACCCAUCAGCUCGCCAAUCGCAAGACCUACUCUGUCCAAUUUUUUUCGCUCCGUCUCCACACUUACCUCUGCCACUCCUCCAUUUCUGCUGCAGUCACCUUUAUUCCUCUCAUCCUUACUUUCUGGGUUCUCUCCUUCAGCUCUUUUGCUUUCCCCAAAUUUCAGAAAUACUUAGGGCUUGUGAAAGAUGAUGUGAUUGUCACUGGGGUGUUGAAGGAAAAAUGGUCACCUGAUGUAAAGGAUGCCCGCUGUGACUUUGAUCCUGUCUUAGUUGCAAACUACGUAAGGAGAAGUGCUAUGAGUUGUGAAGAUAUUAGGAGGUCUCUUUGUAUUGCUCAUUGACGUUCACUCUCCAGACUGGAAUUGGCUCAGUUCAUGGUUUUCAGUUUCACAAGGUAUAAAGCUACCUAAACCAAAUGAUGCCUGUUGUUUGGAUCAUGUACUUGCCCAGUCCUUUUUGGUUAUUAUGGAAAUCUUACUACCAGCACAAUCAUAUUGGUAUAUUUGUACCUGUGCGAUAAGAAAUUGGCACUCUGAAUAUUGAUUAGUGCUAGAUUGGCUGUUUAUUGCU